UGCCGGGCAGACAAAGUCUUCCUCUGCUGCUGCCAUCUUGGUUUCCUCCUUGGGAGGCGGAGGGGGAGUCUAUGGAGGCGAUGAAGUCCGUCCCGCUUGCGGCGCGCUGCCUCUCGAAGAGGUUUUACUCUCUCAAAACUGCACCAAAAGUUGAUGCCUUUUCUGCAGCAGAACGACCAAAAAUACAGCUGCACCCACAAGAUCUUGAGAUCACAAAACUUCCCAAUGGCUUAGUGAUUGCCUCUCUGGAAAACUACUCUCCUGCCUCAAGGAUUGGGGUCUUCAUCAAAGCAGGCAGCAGGUAUGAGACCACGGCCAAUUUGGGGACGGCACAUCUGCUCCGUCUUGCCUCUAACCUGACCACAAAAGGAGCGUCUGCCUUCAAGAUCACUCGGGGCAUUGAAGCGGUUGGGGGCAGCCUAAGUGUGGCCUCUACCAGGGAGAACAUGAUCUAUUCUGUCGAAUGUUUGCGUGAUUAUAUUGAUACUGUAAUGGAGUACUUAAUAAAUGUCACAACGGCACCAGAAUUCCGGCCCUGGGAAGUAGCGGAGGUUCAGCCCCAGUUAAGGGUUGAUAAGACUAUUGCCUUUCAGAACCCGCAAGUUGGUGUUCUCGAAAACUUGCACGCAGCAGCUUAUAAGAGCGCCCUUGCUAAUUCCUUGUACUGUCCUGACUACAUGGUUGGGAAAAUUACAUCAGAACAGCUGCAUAACUUUGUACAGAACAACUUCACAAGUUCCCGGAUGGCUCUGGUGGGUCUAGGCGUCACCCACUCUGAGCUCAAGCAGGUUGGGGAGCAGUUUCUCAACAUCCGAAGCGGGGCUGGCUCUGCUGGCGUGAAGGCGAGCUAUCGUGGAGGUGAAAUACGGGAACAGAAUGGGGACAGUCUCGUCCAUGCUGCUGUGGUUGUCGAGGGAGCAGCCACUGGAAGUGCAGAAGCCAAUGCGUUCAGUGUCCUCCAGCACGUUCUCGGAGCAGGGCCUCUUGUUAAGAGAGGAAGCAGUGUUACCAGCAAACUCAUCCAGGGUACUGUGAAGGCAACUACUCAACCGUUUGAUGUAUCAGCAUUUAAUGUUAAUUACUCUGAUUCGGGACUGUUUGGCAUUUAUACCAUCGCACAACCAUCAGCUGCUGGAGACGUUAUCAAGGCUGCCUUGAGCCAAGUGAAGGCGGUUGCCCAGGGAGGACUCACUGAUGAAGAGGUCACAAGAGCCAAAAACCAGCUGAAGGCAGCUCUCUUGAUGUCUGCUGAGCUUUCCAGCAACUUGCUCGAGGAAAUUGGUUCUCAGGCACUGGCAUCUGGGUCGUAUACUCCCCCGGGUGCUGUGGUGGAAAAGAUUGACGCCGUGGCCACUGCUGACAUUGUGAAUGCUGCGAAGAAAUUUGUUAAUGGGAAGAAGUCGAUGGCAGCCAGUGGGGACUUGGCAAAUACUCCCUUUGUUGAUGAGUUGUAGGAAGUUUGAUGUGGAGAGGGGCACAGAAUCAUCAGAUUUGUCCCCGAGGCAAUUUCAUUGAAUUGCUACACUCAGUCUUCAGUCUCCUAUUUAUGGUUCUAAUUAUUCAGGCCUGUAGGUUACUGUGUCAAUUUACAUACACUGAAUAAAGUGCAGAGUUCAUACUCUUGCAAAAGCUC